GCCUACUUCCGGCAUCCGGCAGACGCUGCGGCUGAGGCAGUGCGUAACUUGCGUUGUCUUUUAAGCUUUUGCGGGUAUGGCGGCGGCUUUUCGCAAGGCGGCUAAGUCCCGGCAGCGGGAACACCGAGAGAGAAGCCAGCCCGGCUUUCGAAAACACCUGGGUCUGUUGGAGAAAAAGAAAGAUUAUAAACUUCGGGCAGAUGACUAUCAUAAAAAACAAGAAUUCCUCAGAGCUCUCCGGAAGAAGGCUCUUGAAAAAAAUCCAGAUGAAUUCUACUAUAAAAUGACUCGGGUUAAGCUCCAGGAUGGUGUUCAUCUCAUUAAGGAAACUAAAGAAGAAGUAACUCCAGAACAGCUAAAACUUAUGAGAACUCAGGAUGUCAAAUAUAUAGAAAUGAAAAGGGUUGCAGAAGCUAAGAAAAUUGAAAGACUAAAAUCAGAGCUCCAUCUGCUGGAUUUCCAGGGGAAGCAACAGAAUAAGCAUGUAUUCUUUUUUGACACCAAAAAGGAAGUUGAACAGUUUGAUAUUGCCACUCACCUGCAAACGGCCCCAGAACUAGUCGACAGAGUCUUUAAUAGACCCAGGAUAGAGACCUUGCAGAAGGAAAAGGUGAAAGGAGUCACCCAUCAGACUCGACUUAAGCGAAUCGCUAAAGAAAGGCAAAAGCAAUAUAACUGCUUGACACAGCGGAUUGAACGGGAGAAGAAAUUGUUCAUUAUUGCACAGAAAAUUCAAACACGCAAAGAUCUUCUGGAUAAAACUCAGAGGGUGAAGGUGAAGAAAGAAACAGUUAACUCCCCAGCUAUUUACAAAUUUCAGCAUCGUCGAAAACGUUGAAAUGUUACAGAUAAACCCUAUCAUUCUACAUUGAAAUAAGUUUUUUUUCUUUUUUGGUAAUUAUUUCAAAUUUCAUUAGUCCAAAUGGCAUGAUUUUCCUGUUUAUAAUCAUGAUUGUUGAUCUGAUAUUUGAUGCCUUUCUGUAAACAACAUUAAAAUCCCUUCCU